UGAUUCAAGCGUCUUGUUGAUAUGAGCGGCUUCAUUUGAACGUUGGGUCAGAUUCAGAAUGAAACCAUGCCACGAUUGUCCAAUCAAAGCUCAAGCCAUGCUAAAAAAACGGGAGCAUCUAAGAGAAAAUCUAAAUCUCAACCAGGUUCAAAAGAUAAAACGGCAUCCCCCGGGAGAAAGGUGCAUAGAUAUCGACCAGGAACUAGAGCCUUGAUGGAAAUUCGUCGAUAUCAAAAGUCAACUGAUUUACUGCUUCGUAAACUUCCAUUUUCUCGAGUGGUUCGCGAGAUAGUACAAAACAAACAUCCUGGUUUACAAUUGCGAUGGGAAGCCACAGCCAUCAUGGCUCUUCAGGAGGCUUCCGAGGCCUACCUGGUGCAUUUGUUUGAGGACGCCAACCUGUGUGCUAUACAUGCCAAACGAGUCACAGUAAUGCCUAAAGAUAUCUGGCUGGCUAGGAAGAUACGUGGAGCUUCUGAUUAACACCUCCGACACAGGAGAGUGAAUAGGAACAUCAAACUGGAUACCGAUUGGUUUAUCAUUACAAAACAUUUGUUCCAUAUACUAUUUUAUCCAUGUUACUUGUAUAACAACAGCAUAGAGUGGACACGGUAUUAGACAUACACACAAUGUUGAUAACACAUGUAAAGCCAAUUUAAAAAACAUAACUUUUUAUUAUCUUUUGUCCUGACCUCUGUUGACCUUCAGUCACGAUAAGUCUGGGGCCUUGUGUUUUUGACCUGUAGUGUGUGAAGCCUAACCUGAAUGACCUGUACAUGUGGUUUCAGUCGGGAUAAAACUAUUUGAAUUCAUUAAUGGCUUGUACAUUCUUUUUUUUAACAUUUUAAAGUGGCAGCUUAUUACAAUUAUAGCAUUAUAGAUAUAUUGUCUUAAAUCAGAAGAAGCAAUCUUGAGUGAUUGUGCUGAUAGUAAGGGUCUAGGUUAUCCAUACAUGCUUAGUGACCAAGAUUUGUAAAUAUUAGAACAGGUCAGUGUUUUAAGGGGAUGAAAUUAAUUGUGAUACAGACACAUGGGAAUGUGAAGGCAGAAAUAACACAUUGGCAUACAAUAAAAUGUAGCUGUGUGAAGGUAUACCAACACUAAUAUGUGAAGGUGUACCAACACUAAUAUGUGAAGGUACACUGGCUAAUAUGUGAAGGUAUACCAACACUAAUAUGUGAAGGUAUACUGGCUAUUAUGUGAAGGUGUACCAACACUAAUAUGUGAAGGUACACUGGCUAUUAUGUGAAGGUGUACCAACACUAAUAUGUGAAGGUACACUGGCUAUAAUGUGAAGGUAUACCAACACUAAUAUGUGAAGGUACACUGGCUAUUAUGUGAAGGUAUACCAACACUAAUAUGUGAAGGUCCACUGCUUAUAUGUGAAGGUUAGGUGUACCAAAACUAAUAUGUGAAGGUAUACUGGCUUAUUUGAGGGAAGGGGUACUAAAACAGAUGUGAGCAGUGAACAGUGAGCAGUGAAUCUGUUUUGAGCAAUGCUUGUUUACAUUGCCAUCCAGGGACAAUUGGGUCUUUGUUUAUAGCAUGAGCAGUGUACAUCUGCAAAUAUGUUGUCAAUAAUUGUGAAAAAAGGCUAUUUUGUACAAUGUUUUUUAAUUUGCAUGAAAUUAUCUACUUUUAAAUAAAAUAUAUUAACCAAGCAAGUUUAAUAUUUU